AUGACUGCAGCAAAAUCUGCAGGAAAUCAUGCUGUUAUCAGUAGGGUACUUCCUCAACCCAUCUGCGAUUUCUGCAUCCCUGUCAGCAAGGCCAAACUCUCUAUGGACCAGUGGGAUGCAUGUGCACCUCACAGGGUUUAUUAUGGUGCUCUGGAACUGAUAAGCUAUGGUGCAGGGGAUGCUGGCCAGCUUGAAUUUCUGUGGGUUCCUGCUAUGAAGGACCAGUGGAUUCUCAGCUAUGUGCCUCUCCCUACCAGUUAUCAGUCGUCCUGGGUGUAUCUUUGCUACUGUGUAGAAUACUGGCUUGCAAUGUGGAAAUGUUGGGAUGGGGAGUCAAAGAAGAAUCAAAAGCAGAAGAAUACAAAGAUGCAACAAGAAAGAAUUGUGUUGGAGGAGUGCAUGGCAAAUGGUGUGAAUGAUGGGCAGAUUAAAUCACUUGAUGAGUUCCUCAUUCACAAUCACCAAGACUGGCUAUUUGUGGAGUUCAAUGAGCUGCCUGACAAUGCAGACAAGUAUUUAGAGGCCAAUCCCCUGCACAUGGGGAACAAGAAGAUGUUUGACAUGGGCUGUGGCAUAAAUGUAGAUGACAUCUCGAUGAUGCUCGGUGGGACAGACAAUGCAUGGAUGUCCAAGGGACUUGACCUCUCAGAAAUGUUCAAGAAAGAGAUGGAUGUGGCCCUCAAGCAGCUCAAGAAGGGGGGGGAAGGGAUUGACAUCGCAUAUGAUGCAAAUGCAGAAUUGCCAGACAAGUGGCAUGAGGCCCAUGAGCCUCCAAUUCAUUGUCAGAUUCACCUUGAUGAACCCCUGGUCUUUUUGUACCAUUGCUUGUGGGUGGAGGAGGAGAUCAAAUGUGAAGAUUUCCUAAAGGAAAUUAUGGACAUGAUGGCCAACAACAAGACACAACACAAGUGGUCAUCGCAUGUUGAACAGCUGAUUGAUGGCGGGAUGACAUGGGAUGGCUUUAGUAAUUUAGUCACUGAUGAGUUGGAUUUGGAGCUGGAUCGGCAGGCUAACACAAUGGGUCCAGAUGGUCAUGAGGAGGCUCCCAUUGGAAGUGACAGAUUGCCUGAGGUCAUGGUUACACUGCCCAUGACUAAUCACACAGAUGAUAUACACAAACCAUCACCUGGUCCCUCCUCAGUGGCUCAACCAAUUCCUCCUGCUAAAACUGUUCCAUCCAACAUGGGCAUGAAUCAGACUGAGACACCAUCAGUUCAAGAUACUCAAGGAAGGAGGCAUGGCUUCAUUGAAGCACUGGAUGAGAUGGACAUACAUCCCAACUCACCAUCAGAUCAAAUUUCUCAAUUCCCUGCAGCACCUGAGGAAGAUAGCCAAAUGACCAGCGAUGAUGACUCCAUAUCAGAAUCACUUUUUUCCCUGGUGAAUGUGCAACAGGCUAUCAGGUCUUACAGCCAUGUAUCAUAUCCCACAAUCCAGACCCACAUUCCAUCAUAUUCCCACGCCUUCCAAGCCUACAUCUAG